AUGGCCACGAACGGCACGAACGGAGCACAUGCCAACGGCACACUGUUCACCCCCUCAAAAUACCCCCCUUUCCCCAAGGAUGUCCCCAGUGUGAAGCUAGAAACAUUCUCCCUCGCCCAGCUAGAGAAAGGCGACAAGGUGCUCGAAGACAAAAUAUUCGAGACAUGCAAGGAGCGCGGCUUUUUCUACCUCGACCUGAACGGAAGUCAGGUCGACUCCAUGGGGCAGGACUGUGACGACAUUGCCAGGCUGGCAGAGAAAGUGUUCAAGCUACCGCAGGAGGUCAAGGACCAGUAUGCAGUUACGGAUAAUAUUUUUGGAUUCAAGAGGGUUGGAGCAACCAAGACCGACGCAAAAGGAACACCCGACACCGCCGGCUUCUUGAACAUCGCAAAGGACCGCAUCCUUGAGAACACAGACCGGUGGGAGUACCCACAAUUAGUUCUGGACCACAAGCCCCUCCUGGCGCGGUACAUGCGCAACGCCCACGGCACAGGCCUGAAGGUCCUCUCCAUCCUCGCCGCCCGGCUCGGCCUGCCCGCCGACGGGUUCGACAAGUACCACCGGCUGACGGAGGAGUCGGGCGACCACGUGCGCAUGACGCACGGCCCGCCGCGCAAGUCGGCCGAGCUGCCCGAGAUCCAGACGCCCGGCCACACCGACUUCGGCACCAUCACCAUACUCUUCAAUUGGCUCGGCGGCCUGCAGGUGUGGUCCGACCCGUCGCGCGGCUACUUCGGCAACGUCGUCGACCCGGAGAGCACGGCUGGCCCGGGCGGCAGUGAGCAGGGCGAGGCGCCCCGGUGGCUGUGGGUCCAGCCGCCGCCGCCGAACCACGCCAUCGUCAACCUGGGCGACGCGGCUGUCAAGUGGACGGGCGGGGUGCUGUGCUCUGGUAGGCAUCGGGUCGUGCCUGCUCCGGGUGAGCAAGGGAAGUUCGACCGGUACAGCAUUGUCUACUUUGUUCGGCCAGAGGAUAGUGCGGUUUUGAAGAGGCUGCAGGCGCCCGGUAUCCCGAAGCUGGAGCCGGGGGAGAAGGAGGAGGAGAUCACGGCCAAGGAAUGGAUCCUCCAGCAAGCCAGGGGACUGGGGCAGCAGCUUGCUACAAAUUGA